UGACAUAGCGACUCUUCCAAAGGGAAUUUCUAUCUCUUUUUUUUUUUCCUUCCUUCAUCUCUUUUUUUUUUUUACGUAUUAAAAUGGACUCGGAAUGUCGAUCUAUUGUCAUUGAAUAUCUUAUGCACAAUUGCUUUAAAAAAACUGCAAAGGCUCUAUUAACCGAAACGACUCGAUUAGAAAACGGUGCUGCUAUAGGAAAUUUAAAAAAGAAAGAUUUAUUAGAUACUGAGAAACAGUGGUUAUUACUAGAUGCCAGAAAAAACUUGACAGACGCGAUUGAAAAGGGAGAUAUUCCUUUAGCCUUUGAUCUAAUCAAUCAACAUUUCCCAGUGUUAGCAGCACAGGACAUUUUACAGCCACACGACUCACCCGAGGCCACUAAACUACACAUGAUUUUAUUCAAGCUAAAAUGUCAACGCUUUAUAGAGAUCAUCAAAACCUCCUCUGAACUAGAGGCCAUUCGGUAUGCCCAACUUCACUUAAAACCAGCCAAUAACCCAUGGAAGGAGUCGCAAGUCAAAGAAGUCACGGCACUCAUUGCCUAUGUAGACCCUUAUCAAUCUCAAUCCAAGCAUUUAUUAACACAGGAACGACGACAACAACUGGCCAAAGAAGUCAACCAUGUCCUCUUGGCUCAAUCACAAUUACCUAUCCAAACCUCCAUCGAAAAACUCUCGAGACAGUACGCUUUAGUACAGGAGGAACUUGAGCAAUCCAUUAUUAAUUCUCCUACCAUACUCACUCAACGAGAAAAAAUGGCUAUUUAAAAAAAUAAUAAAAAAAAAAAAAGGCAAAUUUAUUUUUGAAGAGAGAA